AUGAGAAGGAAGCCGAGCCUUAUAAAUGCUUUCUUAGUAGUUUCUGGGGUAAGUACAACAAGUAAGCUAACAUAUUUUUUAUUUUUUGGGGGGGCACAACAGGGGUAACGAAAAGUACCUUGAGGUAUAGUGGGUGUGAUUUUUUUUUCAAAUUUCAGUGAGUCUGUUAAUCUCUUCCAUAGAAGAGUUUUCCCCGGUACGAAGUCUGACAGUGUUUCUAGAAUUGUCAAAGUCUAGGAGUUGAUUUUGUUGCCGAAAGAUCUCGGUCAAAAGGCAGCCUGGAGUAGCGCAGAUUUUUCGCUCUGAGCGACAAAAAUCUUCACUUACACGAUCGCUGUUGUUUGGCAUAUGUUGUAAUUGUAAAGUAGACUCCCUGUCAUAUCUCAGUAAAGAACGUCGCCAAAAGAGAGAAUUGCUAUCUAAUGCAACAUUUUCUUAACAUUUAUAGCGUAUUAGAAUAAUCAAAACAAAAAUAAGGAGUGGUGAAGUUUUGGAGUUGGAUUCUCAGACAGCAAUCUUAGCGCCUCUCAAGUCUUGGAUUUUGAAUCAUUCCCCUAUAUAGCAUAAGAAUCCUACCAAAUAUUAUAACCCACGAAUAUUUUAAAUAUUCAGAAUUAUCUUAGUAUUUUUUCAAAACAUUCGUGGGCUCUUAGGAAAUCUAUUUCAAACUCUUAACAUGGAUGACAAUGAUAUUUAUCGUGUUUGCUUAUCAACAGGAGUUUUAACAGUAAUAAUUUCUCAAGUAAACAAACCUCCUCGUUUCUUUAAUUGCGACGCUGGAAUUCUAUUUUUUUAUUUUUUUAUUUUUGGAUUUCUUCAAUUCCUCUCUUACAUCCUAUUUCCAAAGAAAGUCUCUUGGAGUAUUGAAUUAAAUGAUUAUACUUAAGUUUUAAAGACUGUCACGGCUGAGAUAUUUUUUUACACGUUCAAUGACUGCAGGUGAUGACCUUUAUAAACAAUGGAACUUCAACCUCACUUCUCCUUGAAGCAACAAAAGUAACGAGUGGACCUAUUUAUGCAGGGUAAGAACUUGUCACUGAAGUACAACAGCGUUAGUGCAAAACUCAUUGUUGUCUUCGGACAACUUUUAAAACUAAAUGAAUAAUGAAAAGAUAAAACUUUACUUCACCUUUUUUUUUUCUUUUGCACUGAGUUACUUCGUUAAAAAUAGCAUUGAGAUCAACGUGUACAAUUCGACCUGAAAUUGUCUCUGAAACGAUAAUUAUAAACAAAUGUCCGUCACCAGCCUUCAAUUAAUGUGGGAGUUAAUUUGUUUCAUUUGUGGAAAAAAUGUUUGCAGUCUUCAAGACCAAAGUACCCAAAGUUUUGUUUACACUUGACAUUCUAAUCUAACCUUUUCACCCAAUGUUGAUAUUUCUAGUCUGUUUUCUACAAAUAAACUUCCUCAUUAAAUUUUACCAGAUAGAUUGAAAUACGUCGGUCGUAAUAGCAGUUUUCCAGAUUUGAAUAUUAUUGGAAAGCAAACCAAUUUUCAAUUGAAAAGUUAUGUAGAUUCAAGAAUGCUUAAUGAGUAAGGUAACGAAAAAGGACCAGUGUAUUUUUUCAAUCCCUAAAACCGAAAAAUUAUGAUAUUUAGGAUGAAAGUGCAUCUAGCUUUUUCAACCUUAAUCAUUCUUCAGUACAUUACACUGCAUUUCUGUUGUGGAAUUCGACUCUAAGCUGUUGUUCAAAAACUUUAUCUUCCUUUUCUUGUCUUGGUCUGCAGUUAUACAUAAUUUAUGUUUUUUUUCUUGUUUAUCAAUUUCGCUCUCAUGUUACGAGUAAUCGACAAACUAUAAUUGGUUUUUAAAUGCCGAGCCUACAAAUUUUAUAAAUAGAUUCAAAUUCAAAUCAGUUUAGGAUUAUGUAGGUGUAUCAUCGUAAGAAAUGUUUUUUUUCUGACCGAGCGAUAUUCAUGUCUAUAUUAAAACCAUGCGUUUUUGCUUUCGAAGAUGCGUAGUUAUCUUUACAACAAAUAAAAUUCUUUUAAAAAAGCCAGAACAUGUGGAUAAAAAAUUGAAUAGACGGAAGGGGAAAACUUCUGUUUAAACAGCUGUAAAUGUUGUAUACAGUCCGUAAUCUAAAAUUGUUUAUUCUUAGAAAUAAAAUCAUUGAGCUAAAUGUUUUUGAACGAGCCCAUGGUUGUAUUGCAUGUUGCAUCAGCAGAAAAGCCGUAGAAAGAGAAGUGAAAUCAUCAAAUAAGUUAUUUAGAUCGCACAUCCGGUGGAAGAAAAUUCUGGUAGGAGAUGCUUUUUUUCGUUCCUCUUGAAGCAGCUUUUGUUAUCAAAGCAAAGCCUUGAAAAGAAAUUAGAACAGCCAAAUACUAAGACUUCAUUAUAGUUCAAUCUUUUAUUUGUUUGCUAUAUCAUUCCCCCACAAAUAGCAAAACUGCAUAUAUCCAAGUCAACAUCACAAACCAAACCCCAGCAAUGGACAACACAACUGAAGUGGUUUUACUCUUCACGUUACCAAGCUACUUCAAGUACGAACAGUUCACCUCAAACGGAUCACGUCCUCCUAACAACGUCACCGUGACUCGUUCCGAUAAAUUUCUCUCCCUCACAAUGAAGGUAAUUUUAUAACACAUCAAUGAUGUCAACCACGGGAAGGUGGGGGGCGGGGGGGGGGGGAAUGGGGGAUACGCAAAAAUCAUAUAGCAUCCUUCCCAUAGGGGAUACUGUUAGUGGUAAAAUGCUACCGGUGCAUUUCCGUGUACGUCGAGGUCCUUUUGGCUAUCUCUCUUCGAUGACGAAGAGUUUCUUUUUAUUUCCGUUUAAUAAAACCUUCGCUGUUGAAGUUCAUUACCAACUUUAGAAUGGUACACUAGGAUAGUGGCUGGCUCAGGGCACGAUUGUUGUUGCUACGUGGAGACCGUUUUUUAUGGCUUCAUCCUAUCACAAGAUUAUUAUGUUACUUGGGCUGGUGAGAAGGAGAAGAAGGAGUCAAGAGGGAGUUAAACUGCAGUGCUCAUAACAGCCGAAAAAAAUCCAGUUUACAAGAUUUCCCGUCCAAUAUUCGUAUGGCAAUCUUACUGAUUUACCAAUUUCAUUUAUCUUUUGUUUGGAAAAGUUCAACGAGCUCUUGAUUACUGAGUACGUGGCUGUACAAGCAGCAUUUCAAUUGGAUCCGAGCAACAAUUUUCAUGACGACUUAUUUCAUCACGCACCAUGUAAAGUGAGCCUGCGAUACCAAGGUCACGACCAACGCAGCUGUGAAUCCACAAAUCACGAUGAUGUCAUGAUGGAGAUCCCUUUCUACAGUCCAGGUGAGCAGUUCGAAGGAAAUCUUCAACUGAGUAUAGAAAUUAAUCCAAGGCUGAAUUGGUUUUGCUGCACUGCGCUCUAGCAUAGAUCCUAGAAACGUCCUCUAUUCCACUGGCCAGUCGUAGCUUGGUAACAUACGUUUUUAAGCGCUUCAGGAAGUUGAUUUGCUUUGAGUUUUUAUUUGCUCCUUGCGACAUCCUCCUUCGCACUGAUUGGUCGUUAAGAUUGCUUUGGGAUUAGUUUUAUGACACUUGAUGGGUGAGACUGCUCUGAAAGUUAUCUCUAAAAACUUUGUAAUAUUUCGUUAUUUGCAGUUUGUGAAGGCUUUGGGUCAGUCGGUCUAUCAAGUGGAGAAGUAAAGGAUAGCCAAAUAGCAGCGUCUUCUAGUCGAAAGGAAACAUUUCUGUCAUACUCCGGAAGAAUAGGAGAUAGCUUCACGGGAUGGAUCCCAAAGAAGAGAUCAAAAAGAGAAUUUCAUACCCUGCAUUUCUUUCAAGUUGAUCUGAAAUUAGUCACUGGUAUUAAAAUGGUAAGAUACUAGCUGAGGCUAGGGAAGGUUAACUCUUGCAUUGUUCUCUUUGUUGUAUACCAUCAUUUAAAAUAGCUGAUACUCCGUGCAAAGAAUCUUAUUCAGUAGUGACAUGCUGCACUCCGCACUGCAAUCUGCAUGAUUUAAUUCUAAUAGUUUCGUUUCACUUUGUGUUUAUUUGUUUAUGUUGCUUACUUAUUCAUUUUGUAUAGCAUUCGCGUACCUGUUGUCUAGUAAGGAAUUAUGCUAUUAAAACCUAAAGUUGUCACGGUAAACUUUGUCACCAUUCUACAACAUCCUUGUACCAAGUUUUGUUGGCAUUGACGAUCGGAGAGACCACCCGCUGAAUUGAAUUAUGUUUUAUCUUUGUUUGUUUGUUUGUUUUUUAUUCAUUUUUCUCCGUUUUCAUUCUUUUUCUUUCAAUCUCUUUUCCCUUUUGGUUGAUGAAACGAUGUACGAAGAAAUCAUACGAUUCUUAUGCACACCAGAGAUCAUGUCCGAAAUCGUGACCCUAACCACGUUUUUAUGUUAUAGAGAGUAACCUAUCUUCUCGCAGAACGUCCUUUAAUGUGCUAAGAAUUUAAGCGAAGAGGCCGCCAUUUUGAAUUUGCUUAUUAGCCUGGCUGCUUUGCAGUCUCACUCCUCGCAUUGGUUUUCCCUGAUCUCCUUUAAGAUGCAUGGCCCUAAGGAAAGGUUAGGAUAAUAGCCACACGCUAAGAAGUCUGUUUGAUUUGUUUCUCAGGCCGCUAUCCAUGGAGUUGCUCGGGAAAUCCCACUCGAAAAGAUCUUUCUGGUCACCAGUGAAGAUGGAUUAGAGUGGAAACAGAGAAGACAUGCGAUUGAAACAGCGGUAUUCUGUUGUUUAUGUCGUUUAUGCCUCACUCUUAACACCAAAAAAACAUUACGAUAGCGGCUGGUAUGAUCAGCCUUCAGGAACACUUUUUUCUGUGCUCGUGAAAACCAUUGCAAAUGAUGCAUAGCAAGCAUACACACAUACUCACGCAUAUAUAUAUAUAAUAUACGAGUAGUUGACAUUAGCCAGAAGCGUUGCUAAAUCUGCGACUUAUUUGUUCUCACAAGAUUUAAAGCACUUCAGGAUUGUCAUUUAGUUUAUAAUAAUUGUUAUCCGAAUUUUGUUGGGCUGCGUUUAAAGGCUUCAAUUUGAAAAAAUAGUUCUAAAGUGAACCCUUAAUUACACGAAGAAGAGCUUUCUUCCGUUUUAUUUGAAAAGGUUGAUGGCAUCGACAGCGACACGGUUAUGGUCAUGAAAAGUUUAAAGUAUGAAACCUUCGCUCGUUUUGUCCGGAUUGUUCUUCCUCCCUUUGACAAGCGAAUGAAGGUUGGAGAAGAAAUGCCCGGUUACAAAGUCGAGUUAUUCCACUGUUUAAACACUGGAAGUGUCUGGCAUGGAAACACUGGUAUGAAGCGAAAGCUUUUUUUUGGUAGCUUUUACACACGAUAGUUGUGUUUGUUUGGUAUCACAAGUUUUUAGAAUAAUAGGAAUCCAAUACAGAUCCUCCCUUCACCCUGGCAUCCAUUCAUCCUGAUCCUUGCCAUGUGGUAGAGGCUGCUGAACGGUAGUGAGACGUUAAUGAGUGCUGGCCUGUAUCCACUUUAGGCCGGUAGUGGCGUAAGGGUCCCCUCCAUAAGCAAACAUUUAUUUUGUUCACCAAAUAGUCUCCGUUGUCUGUUUACAGACUAUCUUAUUGUCGAUAAAGCAAUCGACAUAAGAGCCACAAGGAAUAGAAAAUACUGCAGAGUACAGACCAAGUUAUUCAUCUCCAUUGCGCCCUCGUCUCCCCAGACCUCUGCCUUUGUGCGUACGGGGACGGAAAAAGCAUAAUCGUUUUGAAUUUCUCUUUCCAGUGCCUUCACCUAUUGGACUAGGGAUAGAAUCAGGUGCCAUCCCUGACAGCCAAUUUACGUCGACCUCUCAAUUGAGCCUAGAGUACGGAGCCCAGUUCUCGAGGCUGAACUCACGAACAGGUGGAGGGGCGUGGUGCGCUGCGUCAUGUGAUCCUUCUGUUUAUCUGCAGAUUGACUUGGGCCGAGUCCUUCUCAUUCGAGAGGUAAGACGGUACAUUACAAACCUUUGGUUUAUCUUAGAGCUAAGUUUAUCUUAAUAAAAUACCCUUGUCAUAAAGAGUUAUCUUCGAUUGGCCGUGGUUGUGUGCGCCGUAGUAUCACUCUUCGAUAGAGCAAGUUCCCGUUGUAAUGAUCGAAUGCUGUAAAUAUCUGAAGAGGUGUGAAUAAAAGGAGAAAGGAGGGAAUGGACUUGAAUUAAGAGCGAAAGCAAAGCCAGAACCACCAUGGAAAGUUCCAUGACCCAGCCUUUUGCUCUUCUAUGCUCUUCCUUGUGACUGACCAGCCAAUGUUAUUGAUGAUUUAUCGACAGUUGGACGUGCAAAGCAAACAUGACGAUUCAGGAGGUACAAAUACUGUGCUAUCAUUCUUUUUGGAACACAGUGCUGAUGGUUCAUCAUGGAAAUACUACAAGGCAAAUGGAGCAAACAAGGUACCCAUACAAAUUUGUAAUAAGUCAAGAGACAUUUUCUCACUAGCUAUUCAGAAAUUGAUAGCUUCAUACAAUAUCACCGUCGAAUCAAUCAUUAAAGUCAUGAGAAUAACGUAAUGGUCGCCAACUAAAGAGGCUCUUGAUUAUAAAAAAGGUUUUCCCGGUUCUAUGUGUGCUGAUUUUAGAGUGUAAACGGUUAAUGGAACAUUUGGAGGUUUUUUUAAAGUUGAAACAAACCGCUGCCCUUUGUUUUAGAAAUUUGCCUCUUUGUCUGACUUAGUGGCUCUUAUUAUGCUCUACAGCUCUUCUUGGGAAGCACCUUGAGAAAUCUAGCAAUUCGACACAAGCUCUUGAUUCCAGUCAACGCGCGAUUCGUUCGGUUUCGACCCAAGACCUGCAUCAACCAGGCGUGUAUGAGAGCGGAAUUAUACUUCUACCCAGACUUCGGUAAAUUUAAAUGCUAACUUUAACGAUUGUUACCGAUGCCUUAAUAGCAUUUUCAUAACAGAAACUUUUACGUCACUCCUAAGAGGCGCCAUCGUUUGUUUACAAUAUCAAACACAAUAUACAAAUACUUAGUCACUGCUACCUCUCAAAUAAUUUUGUUCCUUAAAUUCAUAUACCACUUAUGGGCAAAAAUAAGCCUGUUCAAUGUCUAUAGUAAAACACCAUACACGGGGGCAAGUUGGGAACAGUAACGUCUGCUUGUCUUGGUACAUUUCAGUAGGUCAAGAUGUUCCUGUCGUCUUUGGGCGAAGCUUUCUCCUAAAAGCCACAACUAGCACGUUAAUCGUUUGUAAAUCAGAAGUAAGGAGGUAUGUUUUAUUUGACGAGGUCUAAAACAGCUGCGACAUUAGCAUAAACGGUUAAGCUUGACAGAAUGCUCACACUAAAAGAAUUGGUUUAACUGGUUAAAAUGGUGAAUCAAGCUGAUUUGCUUCAACUGGAAAAUGUGCACAGACUAGCUGAAUUGGUUCAACUGGUUAAAACCGUCAAACUAGUUAAAAAGGUUAAGCUGGACAAAAUUCCCAGACCAGCAGAAUUGGUUCUACUGGUUAGAAUGGUGAAACAAGCCGAUUUACUUUAACUGUACAAAAUGCACUAACUAGCUCAAUUGGUUCAUUUGGUUGAAGUGCUGAAAUUAGCUGAGACGGUUUAACUGGGCAAUUAGCAUAAUCUAGCUGUUUAAAUUAAAAAUUCCUUGCCCCAAUUAGUAGACAAUAAUGUUGAUCAACCAGCUGCUUUUAAUCACAUUUUUCAUAAUUUGUUUUGAUGGCAAUGAAACACAUAGUUACAUGAUUAGGUCCAUUUUUUUCACAAACCAAUAAACCUUAGUUUCAUCUGAUAAUUCCAAGAAACAUUCAACCUGAACACCUUAUGAAUUUCUUUCAUCUCUUCAACUUUUAUUACCUGUAGAUCUGAACGACACUGUAAAUCAACCUCUGAUGGUGGAGGGACAUGGAAAGGUAUGUGAAUUAUAGCUAAAUCCUAGUCAUGAGUAAUAAGUCUUGUAAGAUCAUAAAUUUUGUAACGUAAGACCAGAACCAAGAAAAUGGUAAACUGUCAUUUAAUGAUGACUGUGCUAAGCCUGUUCAUCUUUCUCAGAGCUACCAAGAAACGUCUUGAAUGUCAUUGCCUAUGACCCAGUCGGCGAUACUCACUAUGGAGUCGCCACUAACAAAAAGACCUUCUUAAGAAACAAGCGUUCCCCAUUUAUGGAAUGGAUUGCAAUUUCAAACAACAUUUGGAGCAAAGUGAAGGAUUCUCCAACACUUGUCACAGCUACUGAAGUGCCCUUCAUGCCUGUGCUGGAAACAGCGGUGAAAGAUCCUUACGACGCCUUGACAUUGCCGGUUUCCAUCGCAUUUAUGCGGAAAAGAAGAUCCGCAGCAAGUAAUGAUAUGUGGGGAUGUAAGUAUCAGCUAAUAUUUCUUUUUAUUGUCUCAAAUUUUCAAUGGACAGGGGCAUUUGUGGGAUUUUUUAAAAAAAAAAGGGGGGGGAACAGGGUCACAGUGAAAUCAGGUACUUCCCUGACAGUCUUAUGUAUAAAGAUUAAAGUGAAAUUCUGUCGCUAUGUGUUGUUAACUUAAAGGAUAGAAUCAUCUCUCAAAGGAAGGGGAGUGACAGACACCCCAGGACCUCCGAACUACAUCUCUGGGGGUGACAGGCAUUAACAACCCCGGACCAUUUGGCUAAACCUCUUCGAUAAAUGGCGGGACUAAUUGCUUUUGUUUUAUAGUUAUAUUCGUGUAAUUUAGCAUGUUUGGCCUCGACGACACUUUCUGAAAACAGCAUAUUGCACCCAAAAGCCGAACUGAGAAGGCUAAAUUCGUGCACUGAAAAGAAUAAUAAUCAUGCCCACCAGUAUGAAAGAGGUCUUUAACGUCCAUCAAUCCCAUUUUUGUAGCAUCAUCAAGAGACGUCCUCUUCAAGGCGAGUGGUGCGACUGCAUGGAAGACAAUCCUCAGCUGGAUUGAUUAUCCUUAUGGUAAGACACAUUAUCCGGUAAAGCAAAGAUUUAAUAAUAAGGGGAGUGAUUGUAUCUUCUCUGAGUGGUCAACUCUUCAAACGAAACAAGGGUGGAGCGAAUGUGGUCUAUUGAGGGUGUAAUUACAACCAUAAAAUAGAGGAAUUAAAAUUGAGUGUAGAAGAAAAUCCUGGAUUACAUUGGUUUGGUUACUUUACUCAACGAUUGGUCCAGAAACCACAGAAUUCUCACUGGCUCCUCAGGGUAUUUCCUUUCCUCGGAUUGGCUAUUUUAAUUACUUUGGUUUUGAUUUUACGAAACUCAGCCAAAAAGCGCCCGAUACACUAAGAAAUCUCCGAUGACGAGGGAAUAUUACUUCUACCAAGAUCUCGAUGGUGCAUUUCUCAUUAAGAGUGAACUGCGUUUUGAGAAUGAAAUUGUGGCUCCCUUCCUCUAACAGACAUGAAGGUAGGCUGUCUCGGAUUACCAUGUGAGAGUGGCACAUGCGAAGUAAAACCAGAUGGAGGCUAUAAAUGUAAAUGCUUUCCAGGAUUUAAAGGACGCCAUUGCUUCCGAGGUAUACGUAAGAAUUUUAAUAGACCCGUUUUAUUGGCUUUCUCGUGACAAGGACAAACGAAUCAAAUAUCAAACCGACUGAAUGAUACAGCUAAGACUGAAAGCGAGAUUGAAAUAAAGGCCAAAGGUCAAACCUCAAGGCAUCCAUGUUCCUCGUGUCCGAAAAUCCAAUAUUAUGGAGCAUUCAUGACCCCUCAAUCAAGGAAAAUAUAUUAAUGUAGUUACAUAUGUCUUCUAUACCUGAAAUCUGAGAUUGACGAACGUCAAUCAGUCCAAACCUUUCUCCUUAAUGUUAUCACGAUGUAAAGGCGGGUAUAAUGAAAUUCUGCCUUGAUUCUUUUCCACAGAUAUUAAAGAAUGUAAUAGCAAUCCUUGCAAAAAUGGAGCUCAGUGUGAGGAUGAAGUGAACGGUUUUAGUUGUGCCUGUCUCCCCGGGUUCACAGGGAACCAAUGUGAAAUUGGUAACUAUGAGAGUUAUUUGCUGUCGGAGCCGCCAACCCUAUUAAAAGGCGAAGCCCUCUCAAUCCCCUCGUCCACUUCUUUACGAUUUGUUUCAUUAUGAUUUUGUCACUAAAAUAUGCUCUUACUGACAGCUAACUUGGAUUCCUAUGGAUAUGGCUUCUCCUUUGUUGACCUGCAUAAACUAGCAAAUAAAAGCAAAUUCAGGAACAAAAAUGAAGACUAAUCCAUGACCAAGUUAUAUCAGGUUUCCUUGAUAAAAGUUGGACCAAUCGCAACUCUACACAUGAUUGGCUAUCAACCAUAUGGUGAAGCUGAAUAGGCUACUGCGGUAACUCUUGCCAUUUAUAACGUGCGAAUGUUCAAGAUUCGUAACGGUAGUAAGGCUUGUCCCAUUUAUUCUCGGAAUAUUUUUAGCAACUUUUAGCGCUUGGAGCAACUGUGUGUGGUUCUAGCAACCAGGAGGAAUUUUUACCUUUCUCAGCAAUUUUGAGCAAAAUAUAUGUUUAGAGCACACAUCAGGCACGAAAAAGUCAAUUAUAUCAUGGAAAACCUUUUUUAUGCGAAUUUCUUGAAUGUUUAUAAACCUUUUGAACACAUAACCUGUCACUCGACAGUGUUUCGCGGGCCCAUUUGUGAUCCUUAGCUAAUCUUAUGAGAUGGUAAGACGUCAAAGGAACCAUGUGUUUUGUUCCGUUAGACUUGAGAGUUUCGUUAAAGUUCAUGAUUUCUUCCGAGCAAUUCUUUAAAACCAACUUUCAAGCUACUUUAUUUUUCUCCAUUGAUAUUAGCAAUUGUUGUGAAGAGAGAAACACACAGCCUUUAAUUCACGUUUAUCUUUACGUAUGAAGAAAUUUAGUUUGCAACUUUUUGGAUUUUUAGCAAUUUUUUAGAAACUUUUUGACGUUCCAACAUUUUAUGAGCACAAUUGGGUCAGGCCUAACUUUGAGGUACCUACCUUCAUCAUCACUUGUUCUAUAACUGAGUUUUUUCGCUUGCCCGCCUGUGCAUCACUGCAGUCACUGUAUAUAAACUAGUAUUCUAAUUCCAGACAAAAGCCAUUCAGAAAAAACACCAGUGCCCGGUCAGUCCGCUUAAAACAUUUUUAACCGUUUUGUUUUUGCUUUUUCUGCAAAUGUUUUUGGCGAAUAUUAUUUCAGAUAUUGAUGAGUGCGCCAAUAAUCCGUGUCUUGGCGGAGUCUGUAACGACCAUAUUAACAAUUACACGUGCAUCUGCAAUCCUGGGAAAACAGGCAAACACUGCGAGUUCGGUAAGUUUUAGUUGAUUGAAUUUGAAAUUAUUGCGGAAUCUUUAAGAAUGGAGAAGAUUAACUCAGAUUCCACAUGAAUCUGUGGAAAACACUUGACCUAAUGUUUCAAGAUAUAUGCCAGCCUCGAGGCAUUAUUCAGGCUUUAUACAGGAACUCGAGGUCGCAAUCAGUAAAUUUCAUCAUAUGAUCUAUAGAAAAAAUUGAUUUUUCAAAACUUCUAUUUUAAUUCCACUUUAAUCUACUCCAUUCUUUGCUAUUCAUCUUCCUGUUUGAUCUCUCGUGUUCCUUGAUGCUUGCAGUUGUCUAUCCAGGUAAAAAAUCAAAUGGCGCCUUGGUCUUCCUUCGUUUUCAUCGACCUCCACCCUCACCCUUCUCCGUCCGCUCCCCUCGACAACAGCAACCAGUCAAGAAAUCAACUUAGGGAUUUACCUUUUGGUUUCGGUGAUUUUUUCCUUAGCCUGAGCAAUAAGGCCUUAACGUCAUUUUUCUCUUGUUCUCCCCAAUGCAAAGAUACAACGUGUAUGAUCAGUAACCCGUGCCUAAACGGAGGAAAGUGUAACGCAACUUACGGUGGAGGAUAUACAUGUCAGUGUGAUGUCUUAUUUACUGGUGUUCAUUGUCAACUGGGUGAGUCUGACUGUCCUUAGUUAUGGUACAAAUAAAGAAAUGGUAGGUUCCCUAAGCUCAGUGUUAUAAGGGACCAGUAAUUUUUUAUCGCCUGGUGGGUGGGGCUGGGGGGUCGGGUGAUGUUUAGGGGGAUCACAUGGUUUUCAGAGGGAAAAGAGGGGGAUCAGUCGUCAUAGGGAUAUUACAGAUAUCCCUAUGGGGAGGAUCCUCCAGCCCCCCCCCUCCCCGCCCUUUUUUCCAGGUGUUAAAAAUUGUAACUGGUCCCUCAAAAUUCUGAGGUACCUGUGGUUUUGACAAAAAUACCUGCAAUUUAAAUGUCAAUAAAAUUCAUGUUUUCAAGUACUCAUUCCUUUCCUUUACCAUAAUUCACCUUUUUCAUAAGUACCAGAUGAAGUUGAAUUCGUCGCCGAAACCGGUUUUUUUGUGUGUAGGAUAGCAAAUCUUUUAAAUCUUUCAUUUAUAAUCCUGAAACUUUGAACCGAUGCCCCGCACUUUACCUCGCUUUACCAGCGUAAUCAUGAUCCCGGCGGGAUGUUCGUAGGACGCCGAAGGGGAAUAAUUCCCAAAUUUUUCGAGUUUCCUUCCAAAUUAUCAAGAAGGUUUUAGCCCGGAAAAUCGAUGGAAGGUGCAAUCUGUUGGUCUGACAAAAUCAUGUUAUCUAGCGGUUUAUCGAUAAAAUAAAUGAUAGGUUUUCGACCCACCAGAGCGCACAUAGUACUAUCGUGACCUUUGUUUUAUAUUUUCUCAUCAUCAGCACCAUUUAACUGCUGGAGGUCAACCAUAAGUAGCGAUUACCAAUCCUGGCCAAUCACAGACAAGUUCGACAAAAUUGCCUUUACGCUGAGCGCUGACCAUUACGUGCUAGGAGUAAGAGUCGGAUCGACUUUUCCAGAACGAGUUGACAUCACGGUAACUAUCAAGAUAACUCACUCUGACGGGGUUUUAAUCGUCACCAAAACCGUUCAACGUAGAUUCCCAGAUUGGACAAGUGACCCAAUUUACUUCGACCAGGCAGUUCUCCUGUCUGGUGGUCAGCAGUACAUAGCAGCUUCGCUUGUGGAGGCACCGUACUACGUUUCAUUACGAAAAUACGAAGAAGGGGAAUCCACGGUGCAGUGCAGUGGAUUGAUUGUCACCUUCUCCACAGUUUCAUCCGCAGAAUUUGCUGAUUCGAAUGGUUCCAACGUUUUAGAAGGACGAGUUCCAGCUCUGAUCCUGAGGUCUCCAUGA